AGAGAGAGAAACCAGAGAGAGAGAGAGAGAGAGAGAGAGAGAGAGAGAGAGAGAUCGAAGGCGGGGAGGGAGAAACCCCGAAAAAAAAUUCGAGCUUUUUGAAUCCCCAAUUCCCUCCAUUCUUCUCCCUUCCUUGAAUGAUCCAAGCUCCACUCCAGAUGGUGACCGACAAGGAGAUCGCCAGCUGCGUCGAGUCUCUGCUCCGCCAGGCCGGCCCUGCCGCUGGCGCCCCUUCGGUUGAUGCCAUUGUCCGCCAGCUCGAGGCCAAGCUCGGCGUCGAUCUCUCGCAUAAAGUGUCGUUCAUACGCGACCAGAUCCAGCUCCUCCUUGGCCCCGCCCAUCACCCCCAACCCCUCCCCCAGUUCCACCCUUAUGCCACCGCUCAGCCCUACUCUUCUCUCCCUGGUGCUUCGCCUUCGCCGUUCGCUCACCUCCCUCAUCACCAUGAGCUCGCUUUUAGAGCCCCUUCACCCGUUGUUGUUCAUGCCGCUAACCAGCACCAGCAGCUGAUGCAGCAUUCGCAUGUUGCCUUGGCGAGGCCUGAGGGCUCGGUUGGGGCUGUUUCGCCUGUUGCUCUGAGGCCGAUUGCUGUGAACCCUAAAGAAAGCGCUCCAGCACCAGCCAAGCGCAGAGGUGGCCCUGGGGGUUUAAGCAAGGUUUGUGGUGUUUCACCUGAACUGCAAGCUAUUGUUGGUGAGCCAACCAUGGCACGAACCCAGAUUGUGAAGCAGUUGUGGGCCUACAUUCGGAAAAACAAUCUUCAAGAUCCUAAUAACAAGAGGAAGAUUAUAUGCAACAAUGAACUGCGUUUGGUUUUUGAGACUGAUUGUACUGACAUGUUCAAGAUGAACAAGCUGUUGGCUAAGCAUAUCAUACCACUUGAAGCUACAAAAGACCAAGCUCCAGCCUCUAAGCGAGCAAAAACUGAAUCCUCAGAAGUGGCUUCUGAAACCAAACCUGAUGUUGAUCAGUGUGCUGUGGUUAUAUCGGAUGCACUAGCCACAUUUUUGGGAACUGAACAAAAGGAGAUGCUUCAGUCUGAGGCUUUGAAACGCAUUUGGGAUUACAUAAAAGAAAACCAGCUUGAGGAUCCAACCAACACAAUGAUGGUACUUUGUGACUUUAAACUUCAACAACUUUUUGGAUGUGAAAGCCUUUCAGCGUCGGGAAUCUCAGAAAUGUUGGCACAACAUUUAAUCAAGCAAUCCUGACCAGCAGCAUUUAACUGAUGUUGCAUUUCUGUGGAAUCUAGUUGGUCUAACAAAAUAGAACAUACUCUAUGAAACAAAAACAAAGCAUUGUUUUAUUAUGCUUCAACUGUUUGUAUUUGCUUGCAUUAUGUAGCCUUUCUUUCUUUUUCUUUUGAGAUGCUGUAGUUUACUCUGGUGGUAAUAGAAAGAAAAAGUGUCGAUAGUUUCUGCGCUAA